AUGGCUUCACAAGAGGAAAAACAAGCUCAGCCCUUUGCAGGCAUCUUUGAUGAAGAUGAAGCUGAGAAAUCCUUUCUGUUAUCCAAGCCUACUUGUUUACUUAUACUUGGAAAGCCAGGCUCUGGAAAGCAAACAUUAGCUAGAAAACUGGCACAAAUGUGGAAAUUCAUUUUUAUAGAAGCUUCAGAAGUAAUUCAAAUGAAUAUUCGUGAAGAAACAGAAUAUGGGCUCAAGUGCCAAGAAUUGCUUUUUAAAGGUCAAAGUGUUUCUGAAGAACUGGUUACAGAAAUGAUUCUGAAAAGGAUUGAGUCACCAGAAGUUGCUCAUUUUGGUUAUGUUCUCAGUGGAUUUCCUUCUCUCUCAGAGGAAUACAUGACAGUUUGCCAGCAAAUAGAGAAAAUAAAGAGUCUAAAAUUAAAACCAGACUUCCUGAUUAACAUUAAGUGUUCAGAUUAUGAUUUAUGCCAAAGAAUGUCAGGACAAAGGCAACACCCUGAUUCUGGGCAGGUAUACCAGAGGAACCAGUGGGAUCCUGAUGUUAUUGGCAAGCAUAAGAAAGAGAAAGAUCAGCAGGAAAAAGAGAGUGAAGAAGAUGAUGAAGAGCAAGAAAAAGAUGAACAGCAGACUGCAGAAGAUCCACUUCCAACGUCAGAAUUUUUGCAUCAAUUAGUGCAGAGGCCAGAAGAUAUUCUUGAAAACGCAGAGGAAAGAAUUGGAACAUAUAAGGAUAUAAUGCUUCGUCCUUUAGAAGACUGGAUGGCUGAACAGGACUGUCAAUAUCUCAUUGAACUGGAUGGUAAUCAACAGCCAGAUGAUCUCUUUAUGUCAGUGGUAGCUCGACUUCAGUCUCUGGGUGUUCAAAAUGGAGCUCCUAUAACUAGACUUCAAAGUGAGGAAGAGGAAAGUCAGCUAGAGGGAUUGGAGAAUGAUGAACUCUUCAGGGUUCUGUCUUCUUACAAACUGAUAGCACCUAGAUAUCGAUGGCGCAGGAGCAGGUGGGGGCAAGCAUGCCCUGUGGCUCUAAAGGAAGGUGAUAUCGUAAUGGGAAACCCAGACUUGGCUGUCAGUUUUCUAGGUAAAAUGUAUGUCCUAUCAUCUCCAGAGGCACUGAAAACCUUCAUGUUGAAUCCACGGCCCUACCUGUUACCCCCAAUGCCACUUCCUCCUUGUAAAGUACUGGUAUUUGGUCCUCCAUUCUCUGGAAGAACAACUAUUUGUAACCUCAUUGCAGACAAAUAUAAAGGGAAGGUUCUUGAUAUGGCUGAACUCAUUCAACCCUGUAUGGAAGAAUUAAGAGAAGAAAAGAUGGAGCAAGUGCGAAGGGAAGCAGUAGAAAAGGCUAUAACAGCGGUGAAAAAUAGGUUGGAAUUAGAAAAACAGGCAAUAGAAUCAGGUGAAUAAGGUAUGUCAGAGAUAACUGCUGACCACCCAGAAGCUCAAGUGGUGGUAGAAGAAGCCGUAACUGCUGAGCACCCAGAAGUUCAAGCAAUGGUAGAGGAAACUGUAACUGCCAAUCACCCAGAAGUUCAAGCAAUGGUAGAGGAAGCCAUAAGAGGUGCAUCAAUCUCUGAGGUUACAUUGUCACCUGAAAGAUAUGCUGAAGUACUGGAGAGGGCUAUUGCAGAGCUUAGGAAGAAGAACAAAGAUAGGUUUCCUGGUGCUCCAGAAAAAGGAGGAUGGGUAGUUGAUAACUACCCUCUCUCAGCAGCUCACUGGUCAGCUUUAUUAGAAAAAGGACUUUUACCUGACACUGUUGUCUGUCUGAAGGAUACAGAAAGAGAUGGAGCCUGUAUUCUGGCCAGAACAUACUCAGCAAACAGGGAUGAAAUCAAUGCUAAGAUUUUGAAAAGGCUAACAGAUGAAGCAUUAAAAAAGGAAGAAGUAAGGAAAGAAAUGCAAGAAAUACAGACAUCAGAGGAAAAUCAGUUUCUAAAGGCUUCUGAGGAGAAAGAAGUUGAGGACAAUGGCAAGCAACUUCCACCUGAAAGUGACCAAACACCUCAGAAAGAGCCCAGUGACUCAGCAGGUUAUGAAGAAGAAUCCAAACCUACAGAAAUUGUACUACCUGAGUUUGCAGAGGAUGAUUUCCCAAAUCUACCAGAAAUGGAAACAAUUAAAAGGAAGCUGGACCUUUUCAUGCAUGACUGGCAAACAGUGGAGUCAGAAAUCAAGCAGUCAUCUCUAGUUCAACUUGUUGGUUUAGAGAUUGCUGAGCAAACUCCAGAAAGUUUGCUUAAUCAAAUUGUGCUGGUUAUGGAAAAACCUUUUAAAUUCCAUGGUUGGGAACUGUCUGCUGAAGACUUACAGGAGGAAGAAGAUGAUCUGGCUGCUGAAGGGGAAGAUGAAGAAGCUGAAGAACAAGAAAAUGAAGAUGAAGAAGAAGAUGAAGAAAAAAUUAAGGAAAAGAAAAGGCACAUGGGAGACACAAAACACUUUUGUCCAGUCAGUCUGAAAGAGAACUUUGUCCUUUGCCCAGGACUCUAUGAACAUGCAGCUAAAUAUCAAGAAAAGCUUUACUACUUUUCAACUUCUGAGCACAGAGAGAAAUUUUUGAAGAACCCAGAAGAUUAUGUGGCUCACAAUGAACCAAUACAAGCUCCUCCGUUACGGGUAUGCUUAAUUGGGACUCAUGGAGCAGGUAAAAGUACUUGUGCAAGACAGGUAGCAGAGAAAUUGGGCAUCUUCCAUAUUCAGUUUGAAGAAUAUCUUCAGGAACUGAUCUUACCCAAAACUAAAGGGAAAGUUGGGGCCAGUUUUGAAGAAGAACCUGAAGAAGAUGAUGAUAAAAUCCCAAUUCUAGCAGAGGAACUGGAAGGCUUCUCUCAGAGCAUGACUGAAACUGAGACUGAAAAAAGCAAACAGGAGGUGGAGUUAACUGAUGAGGAAGAAGCAAUCAAAGCAAAUCUGGUGGAUAAUGAGGCACUGCCUGCAGAAGUCCUUGAUAACAUUGUUCCUGACUGGUGGAGGAAAGAGCCAUUCCGGUCCACAGGAUUUAUCCUGGAUGGUUUCCCUCGUACUUUAGAUGAAGCUCAGUAUUUGUCAGAGAGAGGACUCUGUCCUGAUGUUGUAGUUUUUAUUGAAGUAGAAGAAAAUGACAUUCUUGAUCGUCUUUUUCCUCCAUGUCUGAAAAAAUGGAAAGAAAGACAACAGAGAAAAAUGGAAAAGAAAAAGAAACUGAAAUACCUGAAAGCAAAAAUAAGGGAUGAGAGUAUUGCUAGAAGAAGGGAAGAACUUUUAGCAGAACAAAAGCAAAAGAAGCAGGAGGCUUUAGCAAAUACAGAGCAUUAUGAAGCCUCUGAGGAGGAAGAUGAGAAUGAAAAUGAGGAUAUUGAAGCUAUACUUGAAGAAGAGUUUUUAGAAGAAGAAGAAGAAGAAGAGGAUGAGGAUGAAGAACAGGAGAGUGAUGCUGUUGAGCGCAUACAAAAUGAAAUUACAGAAAAGUUUGAAUCAGAAAUAGAGAGUUUGCAAGCUGUAAAGGAAGAACUGGAAAAAAUGUCAGUCCCACAAAUGGAGAUCAGCGGAGGCCGGAAGCCUCGCGUUGUGCUCUACCAAACCUACAGCAAACUGCAUUCUCUGGUGGCAACCCGUGGAAGCAUUUUUGAGAAGUGUUACCCAAUAGGUUUGGCACUUGCACACAAGAUGCUGGUUUUCUCAUAUAAAUUUCCAAGUGCUUUUGGUCAGUGGGAUCCAGUCAAGCUCAGUGAAGGAAAUGCAAUCAGGCCACAACAAAGUCAUGAAAAAACAGUCUUUCCUCUGAUCCAUCGACAAUAUAUUUAUUUCUUUUCAAGUAAAGAGAAUCAAGAAACAUUUAUGAAAAAUCCCAUCAAAUAUAUUCGGCAGCCAAAACCUAAACCAGCUGUGCCAGUGAAGAUUGCAAUUGUAGGACCUCCAAAGUCUGGAAAGACUACAGUUGCCAAGAAAUUUGCAAGCGUGUAUGGGCUGCUGCGCCUGAGCAUGGGAGACGCCAUCCGGCUGGUGUUAAACAGCCAGCCAGAGAGCCAGCUGGCACUUGGGUUAAAGUGGCACCUUCACAAAGGACAGGCUGUGCCUGAUGAACUGGCCAUCCAGGCUCUAGAUGUGGCUCUGAUGAAUCACGUGUGCAGUACCGCUGGAGUUGUCAUUGAUGGAUAUCCUGUAACAAGAAGACAAGUGAACCUCUUAGAAUCAGCAAGGAUAAUUCCAGUGAAAAUCUUUGAAUUAGAAAUGGAUGCAAAAGAAGUGUUCAGAAGGGCACUGCUGGAUGAGGAAAGCACAAAUAGACCACCUUACCCUAAACAUGACAGCUUAGAGAGUCUAGCUGUUAAAAAUUCUUGCUAUAAGCAGCACAUUGAUGCAAUUAGGACUUACUAUGAGAAGGAGCAUCAGAACUGGUGUGUGAUUGAUGCCUCACAGAGCAAAUGGUGGAUCUGGAACAAAAUACUGCAAGAAGUUGAAGUGGUUGUUAAAGAAAUUCAGAUAUACCUGGAAAGAAUAAAAGAAGGCAAAGCAGCUGGCAUUGCUGAUUUGUGUAUCACCCCUGACGAGCUGCAGCACCGGCUGGGGGAGUUUGGACAGUACUGUCCUGUCAGCCUGGCAGAAAAGGGGGAAUUGGUUGAUUGCUCUGCACUGUCACUGCAGUUUGCUGCAGAAUUUCGAGGGCACUAUUACAAAAUGGCUUCUCAGGAAGAACUGGAUAAAUUUUUGAGCCAACCAGAGGUUUAUGUGCCUCCACUGGCACCUCACCCUCUCCCACUCCCAGAUAUGCUACCACAGAAACUGACUGCGGCAGAAGUCAAGGCCUUAUUCCCAAGCAGUGCUGAAAUGCAGGGCUACUGUCCAGUCACUUACCUAGAUGGAAAACUGAGGUAUGAAGCUUUGGUGCCUGGCAGUAGUGAGUAUGCAGCAAAGUAUCAAGAGAAGGUAUAUGUUUUUGAAAGUGAAGAAAAACUGCUGAAAUUCAUGAGGUUACCAGAGAAGUACUGCAAUCUGAAGCUUCCACGUAAACUGCCCCCAGUAAAGGAGCCAAUACUCCUCACUGCACUUCCUCUGCUUGGAUACCUUGAGCAGGGAGUAGCAACUUCUCUAAUAAAAGCUCUGAGUGAAGUAGGCUGCUUAAAGCCCAAGUUUCCAUUCCUAAGUGUAAAAACCACUGCUCUGCUGUUUGUCGCCUGCCAUUUAAAAGCACACAACCCCAGGAGCUCGGAGCCGGUGCGGCAGAUAUACCAGAGGCGGCUGGCACAGUUCACAGAGCACUGCAGGCUCAUCCCCUACCUGAGGGCAGCCAUGGCUGGCCCCUACCUGGAGCCGUCGUGCAGGCCCCUGGGCUUUGACAGCAGCUUGCAGACUUUCCUUGCCCUGAAAGAGGUUGGCCCCAGCUUGGUGUAG